GGAAUCCUAAGCUUGACAUGGCCAACACUAACAGUUGACAUAAGCAUUGCCCCCAUGAAAUGUUCAAAGCAUCAUCAGAUGGGAACUUCCCUGAUAAAAUGGAUCUAAAUUAGUGAUAUCUACUGCCACUUCCCUCCCCAUCUGAUACCUCACUAACUUUCCAUUAAAUUCCUCCUUUAUCUAUUCCUCCUAUUGAACCACAGUUCUACAAUUUCUUCAAGGCCCUCUGCAUUUGAAACUUCCUACAAACCUAUAUCUGAAUUGAGAAUCUUCGUGCUAUGACUCCUCAGAGGGAUGAAGAAAUAAAUGAGACAUCAGUCAACAAUCAAGAUGCUGAAUCGAAAACCGGAGGUGACAACAACGAAAGAGGAGCUGGAGAUGAUAACUUAAGGGAUUGGUUAAGUUUAGGCCUCAACGGAAAUGAGUCUGCAACAGCAGGAGAGUGUGAUCCUCAAUCAAAGCCUGCCAGCAACAAGGUUUUCUCAUGCAACUUUUGCAUGAGAAAGUUUUAUAGUUCUCAGGCCUUGGGUGGCCACCAGAAUGCACACAAGAGGGAAAGAGGUGCUGCUAAAAGGUUCCAGUCUCACAAAAUGAUGAUGACAACAAUGGGGUUUCCCUUCAAUUCUCUUGCGCUUCGAUCAAUAGGGGUCCAGCCUCAUUCUCUCGUACACAAGCCUAUCAGAGAAGGGUCUGCAAUGGCAGCCAGAUUUGGUGAUCAUUCCAGUCCUGGGCUUGGGAUGGCUUGGGCACCCUUUAUGCUUGAAGAAUCAAUGGAUUUGAUCUGGCCAGGAAGCUUUCGCCUUGAUAAAUUGCCAAAGCAAGAACCUGAUUUGCAAAAGCUUGACUUAAAUCUUCGGUUGUAGAAGUGUUAUCUAACCGAUCUAUCUCACUAUGAGAAUUUUGUUUCUUUUUCCACCCCUUGAAAUCAAAAGGCUUUGUUAUCUUUGUGUAAUAUGUUUCAUAUGCUCAUCUUUUGUCUAAUAAUCAUUGCAAAUUAUGUUGUGCAAA